UCCCUCCCACAAUGCACCGCUGACACCGCCUGAGCAGGCAGGGAGGAGAACAACGGAGCGGCGACGUGAAACUGAACAAACCUGCUGUAUUUUUGUACAGAAAUUAAUAAAGAAAGACUUUAGGGUAGUUUUUGUUUAUUCAAAAGAUUAGUGGAUAGUUAAGGACGGAUGCAGCGGUGUCCUAGCGGCAGUGGGUGGCGGUGCUUUCUACCAUCAGCUAGCCGGGUUAGCUGCUUUAACUGACGGGGGGAAGCUGUGUGGAAAGCGGCUGUGAGCUUCAGACAGGAGCCCCAGAAGAACCAGACAAAGAGGAAAAGAGGGUGAAACACAUUUUAAAGUGUGAUUUAACUGCCGCCCCCAGGCUAACAUCUGUAAAGACUGGAUUUGCUUCAGCAGCUAACAGCCAGAACAAAACAAUGAGCUCUGAAGAGACUGCACCGUCCACUAAACCCACUCCGGAGGACGAUGGCAUGACAUGGUGGUACCGAUGGCUCUGCAAAAUAGCAGGGGUUCUGGGAGGAAUAUCCUGUGCAAUCGCUGGAGUGUGGAACUGUGUUACCGUGAACCCUUUAAAUAUCGCUGCAGGAGUGUGGAUGGUGUUGAACGCCUUUGUGCUGUUUCUAUGUGAAGUCCCAUUCUGCUGCCAGUUCAUAGAGUUUGCUAACGCCAUCGCAGCCCGCGCAGACAAACUCAAACCUUGGCAGAAAGCUGUCUUCUACUGUGGGAUGGCUCUCUUUCCCGUUUUUUUGAGUUUCUCCUUCACAACCUUGUUCGGAAAUGGCAUCGCCUUUGCUACUGGAGUUCUGUACGGCCUCGCCUCUUUGGGCAAAAAGGGAGACGCAGUGACUUACGCCCGACUGCAGCAUCAAAAACAAGGGGACGAAGAAAGGAUGACGGAAACGGCAAACGGGGCUCCAGAGUGAGGCAUCUGCCUUUUCCCACGCUCCUCUUCUUCUCUUUUUUUCUACAGUUCUCACUCAUGAAUUCCCUCCCCCUUGUCCUCCAUCCACCCUACCUCUUCCUCCAUGCCUCUUUCCCCUCUCUCUCCAUCACUACAUAACAAUGGUACUGAGUUUAUUCAUUAGUUAAACUGCUGCGUUCUUGUUGUCCCGACCCCUCAUGGUAACCAAACAGGUUGAUGUUGGAUUCAGUCCAUUAUUUGGUACAUGGCGUGUGAACCUCAUUGUGAUCCGAUAAUAUUGAUUGUAAUUUUUGUUGUUAUGUUUUUAAUCCUUCUUAUUUGUUGUAUUUAUUACUUCAACCCUUUGUUGCUGCCAGUUUUAAAAACUACUCCUACAGAAAAUAUGAGGAACGUCUUUUAAGCCCGAGAGCCUUCCUUCAGGAAUUCUGAGCAAAACUUAAUGUGAUUGUAAAAUGUAAAUAACUGACUUCAGGUAUUUUAGUGUGAGGCUGUGAUUCAGAGCUGUCUGAUUUGGAGAGUGCAAUGUGUUACAGCAAGUCUUAAAGAUGAUUUAAUUAUCAACAAUUCGUUUGGCAUGGACCUAUUUAAAGCUUAGAGUAUGUAAGUGUUUCAUAAAAGAGAAAAUUUUACAUUAUUUUGCAGCGUGAAUCAAAGAAGAAAACCAGGAAAGCUGGUGCUGCAGAAUACAGAAUAUAUGUUUCCAGUUGAAAUUUGGGGCCUUAUGGAAUUUGUAAGACAUAGGGUUUGACUAAAGAGUUUUAGACUUGUUUUGAAGAGGGCUAGAUGAACAGUUUAUUGAGGAGGAAAAAAGAACUGCUUCACUUGAUUCAAACUGACAGUUACAGCACAGAUCUGUAAAUGACCUUAAGUGUUUUUUUAAAGCUCCUGUGAGGAAUUUUGUUUUUUUCUAUUGAUAUUGGCUACCCCCUUGGACCUUAUUCUCUACAUGCAGAAGUUGUACCUUUAAUAAAAAAUGCCAUCCUGUUAUCUGUUAAUGAUCAAACAUAUCACUCGCCGUGAAUCUUUAGGAUUGAAAAAUAUAAAAAAUAGUCUCCCCCGGAGCGUUGAAUAACUUUACCGUAAGACUAGCUGUAUGCGUACCUUUAAUACCUCUUUUGUUAUCUGAAAAGGAGCAGCGUCCUUUUCAUCGGUGCAACAAAUAUACCAGUAUAAAAUGCGAAGAGGUAUUUUAUUGUGUUACAGUAUUUUACCCAAAUGGCACUCAAAGAAGCAAGUAUGUGCUUUGCAAAGCAUGCUGGAUGCACAGCUUUUCUCCCUCAUUAGGUCAUCAUGCCUUCAAAGAAAGACUGUUGGCUAAGUUCAACUACCACACUGGUAGCUGGCAGGAUUGCGAAAACAGAUGGUUCUAGAAAGAGGCACACAGUUGUGCAGAAACUGCACGUAGGGGAAAUAAGGGAAGUCCUCGCACAGUUAGUCCAGUCUGAGAGACCCCCUAAAAAAUGCGUCUUCUAUAUCGACGGUUCUUAUCCGUAUUUUAGGUCAUAUAAAGACAUCAGUAUUAUUUUCAGUCGGUUUCAAAACUACCAAAAAAAAACCUCACAGGACCUUUAACAUGACUUUAGAUUACCCAGAUUACUUCAGGGUAUCAGAGGGCUUUUUGUGUUUGUAUUUAUAGGAUUUGUGAUAAUAGUUUUCAUUGUCAUAGGUUAGACUUUAGGUUGAUGCUUGAGAGGAGAGUCCAAUUUUUUGUUGUUGAACAAGUUUGCUAGUUAGAUUUUUGUUAAAAAGGGAGGGGGGGGGCAUUCUUUGGUGUUUGAGCAUUGGACCUGCUGUACAAGCACAACUCUGAAUUGCAACCUGAAUGCAUUUGCAGAACUAAAAAGGCAUUAAAGACAUUUUAUAACAUGGGGGAAUGUCUCCAUUACGCCCAAAGAUAAAGACAGUUUAACCUUGGCUUGUUUUAUGCUUUCAUGUAUUUAUUUAUUAUUCUUCUGAUGGUUUAAGCUCAGGCAUUCAUGUUCUGAACUUUUGGUAGCAUGAUCUAAAGGGAAUUUUAUUGAAAGCUUUCAGUGCAUGGGACAGCUUGGUUUCAAGUUUCCUCAUGGUCAAGUAGCCAGUAGCAAAGUUAUGGCCGAACAUAUUGUGUUACUAAAAACUGAAAUCUGUUAUUAUCUUAAAAACAAAAAAAUGAAAUGCAUUUUUUCUUGUUUGGGAAUCUGUUACUUAAUAUCUGCUUUAUUUAUUAUAAGUCUUCAUUUGUACUCUCUACCAAAACACGUGAAAUUGUAAUGAGGGGAAGUGUCUUGAUUCAGGGACUAAUUGGUCUGUUUCCCACACAAUCGUCAGAGCCAUGGUUUGCCUUUGUCACUCAAAUGAGGUAUGCAGUGGUCACUAAUGUACAAUUUGUGUUGUUUUGUUGCCUUGCCUCUGUUGUGUUAUACUGUUAUUGAUGAGGAUGCUUUGGGAAUAAUUGUUUACACGUACCUCUUACAGCUGUUUCUAUCUCAAGUCUUUAAUUGGCUAGUCAGAAACCAAAUAGAUUGUUCACACACUACAUCCAGCUCUCAGGUAGCAUACAACAGCGCUAAGACACACAGUAGUUUAAGCUUACAUCUCUCAUUUCAAAUAUUAGAAAACUAUAUGUGAAGCUUUUUAAAUGUGCACAACCAGCAUACACGUGUGAUGAAACACUAAACACACCAGCGGUACACUACAGUCCGAAACGAAACACUCAAGUUUUCAAACGUACAAACAAAUAAACACUGCUUUAUUGUCAACAAACAUCCAUCCACCUGUGCAUUCUUUGGUUCAAAAGUCUGUAGGUGCUGAGUGCAUACUUUGCUGUAAGGGAUAUGUGUAUAAUGUGUGAUGCGAUGUGAAAAAUGUUGUCGAUUGGUGAAUUAAACAAACUUGCUACUACUCUGUGGUGUUAAGA